GAACGACGGUCACAUUUCGGGUCAUAUGAUCGACGUUACGCCAGAAUUGAUGUGCCGUCAUAGGCGUUGACUCCUCUCCGGUGUGUCUGUCUGUUGAGUUUCCGCGAGUUCCCCGAGUGCUUCCUGACGAACUUUGUGAGUCUUUUUCGUGAAGCGGAAACACACGGAGCACCAUGGCCCUCAGCGACGCUGACGUGCAGAAGCAGAUCAAACAUAUGAUGGCCUUCAUAGAACAAGAGGCCAAUGAAAAGGCUGAGGAAAUAGAUGCCAAAGCUGAAGAGGAAUUUAACAUUGAAAAGGGACGUCUGGUGCAACAGCAACGUCUUAAGAUCAUGGAAUAUUAUGAGAAGAAAGAAAAGCAAGUUGAAUUGCAGAAAAAGAUACAAUCCUCAAAUAUGCUUAAUCAAGCACGAUUGAAGGCUCUAAAAGUCCGUGAAGAUCAUGUACGCAAUGUCCUUGAUGAAGCUAGAAGAAGAUUAGGCGAAGUGAUUCAUGAUUCUAGCCGAUAUAAGGAAAUUCUUCAAUUGUUGAUUAUCCAAGGCCUUUAUCAACUAACAGAACCACAUGUUACUCUUCGCGUACGUCAAGCUGAUGUACAUAUUGUACAAUCUCUUCUCGAGAGUGUUCAACAACAGUAUAAGUACAUGACUAAGAAAGAUGUUACCCUAAAAAUCGAUCCUGAUAAUUUCUUGCCCAGCGAAAGCUGUGGAGGUGUAGACUUAUUGGCAUCUAAAGGCCGCAUAAAGGUGAGCAAUACUUUGGAGACCAGAUUAGAGCUGAUAGCUCAGCAAUUGAUACCCGAGAUCCGCUGUGCCCUGUUCGGACGCAACGAGAACCGCAAGUUUAACGAUUAAACUACCUCUCCUUGACAGUGUUAACUCUCCAAAACAUUCCUUCUUAUUGAGCAGAUUAUUGUCGCCUUUCACUCAAGUGUAUUAUGUAGAAUAAAAUUAGCGUACGAUAUUU